GUUUCGCGUGGGUAUGUCCUUUACAUGUGUGAUUAUCGUUCGUCGACCAGGGACACACAUGGUGGUAUAUACAUUUAUCCGGGACUACAUCAGCCCUACCGCUGGCCAGGACUGUCCAACGGGGAGGAAAGACGCCGGACUAGAGGGAUCCAGCUGGAAGAAACGGGACCCAAUAACCCCUCGAUGGGUAUGUCCCAGAUCUGCCGUGUAUCCCCCGAACCACCGCCGCCGCCGCCGCCGCCGGACGACGGGAAUGCGACAUGGAUCUUUCAUCGACUGCGGCUGGAAGAAAGGGAAGAAAGACAAAUUGUAGGCGCCUCAUCGUUUUGCACAUCCGCUGUAUACCGCCGCCCGCUUGCACUGUACUGUACGAUCAUCGUCCCUUUGGAUCGGAAACACCACAAGGAUGAUAGUUCGCUCUCCUGUAGAAUGUUUGACUCGCGAAUGGACCGUACGUGAGGACGCAUUGUCGGACGAGAGAACCUUUGUCUUGUUUUAUCGCAUACGGGCGUAUGACCGUACGAGAAGGAACACAUGAAAUCGAGGUGGUUCCAAUCUUGGCGGGUCCUCGAGAUUUUCUUUCUUCAACCAUCGAUCGUGUAGUGCAACAGUAGAUCAUGGGGAACGUUUCUGCCGUUUGGCUACGGUCAUCUGCUAUUGCUUGCUACUCCCUGCGUUCGCACUGCACUGUUCAUCCGUCGAAAGAGGCAUGUCCUCAACCAGCAAUCGAAGACCCGUCACCCGCCGCAGUGCAAUCCUGGCACCAAAAAAAUCGGAAAUCAAUCGAUGGACAUCUACGGGCGACUGCCAACUGCCAAACACAAACACAAACAACAACAACGCAGCGGAUGUAACCCAAGCCUUUUUUUUCUCCUCCCCUCCCAUCCUUUGAAAACCUGUC